AUGGCAGAUCCGACAGCGAACAUGACAAGCGCAGCAAUGGCCCCGCCAGUUGACGCUGAACAAGUGGCCGCAGCCAGACCUACACCCACUACUACUACGACUGCGACACCGAGUACUCCCAAAGUCAAGCCUCAGAUCGAGAUGGUUCGUCCGAGCAGUACCAGCCAGCCCAAUAUUACCGAAACAACGAACGCGAGUGCCGAGCCACAUCCAGCUGCUAGUGAUGCAGAAGCUGGUCACAUCAUCAUCGGCGAGACACGGUACGAGGCAGAGCAGGCGGCUGCGAUACAGCAAUACAUCGAAAACGAGAAAAGCAAGUGGCUGAGCGGGAUGAAGAAACAGGUUGGGCUCCAGUUCGAUGAUGCAUUGUUCCGAGUCGAGUCAUACAUCGGUGCAGCGAUUCGUCAUAUUCUCCUGGUCCCGGUACGGCGGCAACCUGAGUUCAUUCAAUUCGGUGGCCAGUCUUUCGAUCCUAACCCGCCAGACUGGAAAGAUCCCGAAGAAGUUGCUGAAUCUCUACGCGAAGUUGGCAAGGACAUCUGCACAAAGCUUUCCUCCCUUGGUGAGCUCAUCACAGACAAGAAACAUCCUUUCUACAACAUCCCGGCGCACUUGAUCGAAUAUUCCCUCCAGUGGAAUAAUUUUGGCCCUUCCAACUUUCAUGACAAGUUGCGUCGCCUUUACGAAGAAGAGGACACUGAGAACAGGCAUGCACAUUUGCCCGCCGAUCGCAAGAAGCAAUGGCAUGUAUUCUCAGAUUUGCCAGACCGAAAACCAGUGCAUGGCCACGCUGAGCCAGAGGAAGAUACGAUAUCGACCUCGAAAGCCAAAGGCAAAAGGCCAGUCGAUCAGAAUCUCAUCAGUACGAAGGCUUCAACGAAGGCAAAGAAGGACCAAAACCCGAAACAGACAUGGCGAGAGAACCCCAAGAAUGGGGUCGUCAUUUAUCUUGAGGCGACAGAGGACGACAUCGUGCGAACACACAGAUCAUUCUGGGGUCAGCAACACUGGGAGUCUGAAGGGUGGAUCAUCCCGCCUGAUGCCGUCUUCAUUACUGAAAUGGAAGAAGGCACGCUCAAGGAGUACUACAAGCAAAACGCGGCCAAGUAUUGUACAACAUGCCAUGGCACAGGAUGGCUGGUGAUCGCAUACCAUGAUGUGGGGAAUUGUAAUGAGUGUCAACACGGCAACAAGUUCGUCACAAUCGACAUUUACAUCCCGCCUGGCCGUCGAUACUACACACUGCGGAGGGGAUGGAGCAUCAACGACAACGGCGAUGUAUUGGACACUGCGAUGAAACUUGCUGCGCCGAAGAACAACGUCGGCAAGCUCCAUGUGUAUGGCAAACAAGUCUGGGAAUCUGGCACGACAUACACACGCGCGAACAUUGGAACACCACGGCACAUCAGUGAGGCAUACCGCAAAGGCACUUUGAGAACAUUGAAGCUCAACAGUUUUGAUCGCUGGCUCCUGAAAGAUGACAAAAACAAAGUCAAGUACAAAAUGGCAUUCGAGGUGCAUUCACGGGCGUUUGAAUUACCAAAGAAAAAGAACAAGAUCCUCAACGAGUGGGAUGGGCAGAAACCUAAGACUUUGGCGGAAUUCCAUGCUGUGCGAAUGCAUGAAGUGUGGGAUUUUGCCGGCUUUGCAGAUAAUGAAGUCGAGUUUCUUCUAGCCAAGAUGCUCAAAGCUGUCGAGCGCCUUGGCAAAGAUGGAAACAUCCUGGAAUCUGCAUUCGACACUCAUAAAGAUUGGUUCACCAGAGAAGAUGUGGAAGAGUUCCGGAGCUGUACCAGCCUGGAGCGGCUCGUCCUGCAUCUAGGAGGCACAGUGCCGGGCAGUCGGAGGAAGGAAUCGGCCGCCAAGCGAGCGAAGAAGAGCAAAGAAGACACGCCUGUUGACCUUGGACUGUCACUUGAGGGAACAGUCACUCCUCGAAAGCGAGGGGCAAGCGCCAGCCCGGGGGGUAAGAACACCAGGGUCAAGCUCGAACCUCAACCCGACAUGUACGCAAUCAUUCAUGAAUCGAAGUAUUCUGACUCCGAGUAA